UGUUUCCCAUGUCCGCCAUGAGCUCUCCAUUGAGAACCAUGACGGAGAGAGGAGGAAGGAGGAGCCUUCUCUUCAGCGAAAAUCUCAAGCUUUCCCAGCUGGCGAGGUCCGGUAGGAUCGAAGAAGCCAUCAAGGUCUUCUCCUCCAUGACCAAUCGCAACACCGUCACCUGGAACUGUAUGAUCUCGGCCUACGCCAAAAAUGGCAGAGUGAGUGAAGCUAGGACACUCUUUGAUCGAAUGCCAUUCAAAAACCUUGUUUCCUGGAACACAAUGAUAGCUGGGUACUCUCAUAAUGGCUGCUCUAGUGAGGCCUAUGAGUUGUUCGACAGAAUGCCCAAGAGAGACCAGUUCUCUUGGACUUUGAUGAUUACUUGUUUUUCGCGCAAUGGUGAGCUGGAGAAGGCCAGGAGGAUCUUUGAUGCGAUUCCUGGACAGAAAAGUUCGGUUCUUUUUAAUGCUAUGAUUUCAGGUUAUGCAAAAAAUCAGAGGUUUCAUGAUGCUGUUCAGUUGUUAAAUGAAAUGCCAAUAAGAGACUUAGUUUCUUGGAACUCUGUGCUCGCUGGGUAUACGCAGAAUGAAGAGAUGUUGACGGCGGUGAAAUUUUUCAAUGAGACGAUGCCGGAGAAAGAUGAAUUUUCUUGGAAUUUGAUUGUGGAUGGGUUUGUGAAAAUUGGUGACUGGAAGUCUGCCUGGAAGUUCUUUGAGAGGAUUCCGAACCCGAAUGUAGUUUCGUGGGUGACAAUGUUCAAUGGGCUCGUGACAAGUGGGAGAAUUGCUGAGGCUCGGAGAUUGUUUGAUCAAAUGCCGGAAAGGAAUGUGGUUUCUUGGAAUGCAAUGUUGUCGGGUUAUGUGAAAAGUUUGCAAAUUGAUGAUGCUCUCAAGAUUUUCAUGGAGAUGCCAGAGAGGAACUCAGUGUCAUGGACAGCAAUGAUUAAUGGGUAUGCUCGAAUUGGCAAGCUCAAGGAAGCAAAGGAACUGCUGGAUAAGAUGUCUAUCAAGAGUGUGGGUGCACAAACUGCCUUGAUGUCUGGGUAUAUUCAGCACAAUAGGAUGGAUGAUGCUCGUAGAAUCUUUGAAGAAAUGCACACACGAGAUGUUGUUUGUUGGAACACCAUGAUUGCUGGUUGUUGUCAAUGCGGGAGAGUGGAUGAAGCUAAAGAAUUAUUUAAACGAAUGCCGAAAAAAGAUAUGGUCUCUUGGAACACUAUGAUCACAGGGUAUGCUCAGGAAGGACAAAUUGAUGAAGCACUAAGAACGUUUCAAGAAAUGGGCGAUAAAAAUACUGUCUCUUGGAACUCCAUUAUAUCUGCCUUAACUCAAAAUGGGUUCUAUGUCGAGGCACUUCAAUAUAUAAUGUGGAUGAGGAGGGAAGGAAAGAAACCAGACUGGUCUACGUUUGCUUGUGCCCUGAGUGCAUGUGCACAUCUUGCUGCCUAUCAAGCGGGUAAGCAACUGCAUCCUAUCCUCCUGAAGAGUGGUUAUGUUGAUAACCUUUUUGCUGGCAAUGCCUUGAUCAGUAUGUAUGCAAGGUGUGGAAGAAUUUCAAGAGCGAAACAAGUUUUUGAUGAAUUGGAAGCUGUGGAUCUUGUAUCAUGGAAUUCUUUAAUUGCUGGUUAUGCUCUCAGUGGUAAUGGGACUGAGGCGAUUUCGCUACUUAGGACGAUGGAGAGGAGCGGAAUAAAACCGGAUGAGGUCACCUUUGUUGGUGUUUUAUCGGCAUGUAGUCAUUCGGGGUUGAUUAACGAAGGAUUAGAUUUGUUCAAGUCUAUGAGCAAGGACUAUGCAGUUAAACCUGCUGCAGAACACUUUGCCUGCAUUGUUGAUUUGCUUGGUCGAGCGGGAAGGUUAGAAGAAGCUUAUGAACUCGUAGUGGGAAUGCAGGUAGAGGAAAAUGCUGGUGUAUGGGGAGCCUUGUUAGGAGCAUGUAGAAUAUAUAGGAACGCAGGACUCGCAAACAUAGCUGCUGAGAAGCUGUGUGAAUUCGAACCUUGUAAGUCUUCCAAUUAUGUCUUGUUAUCAAACAUACAUGCAGAUGCAGGUAGAUGGGAUGAAGUUGAGAGAAUGAGGGUGUUGAUGAAAGAGAGAGGAGUGAAGAAGCAAGCUGGGUGCAGUUGGGUGGAGAUCAAGAAUAAGUUCUGCGAAUUCUUUUCUGAUGAUCCAAAACAACCGGGGACAGCAGAAAUCUGUCUUGUUUUGGAGACAUUGACUGCACAAAUGAGGAACACUGGUCCCGUGCUUGGUCUUUCUGCAUUAGAUUGUGGGUAACUGUCUUGUCAGAGCUGAUGACACUCUGUAUCUGAUUGAAUGGAGAGCAAGAAACAAGAAUUCUAGAGAAAAUUCUAUCAAGCAGAGGCACUUUGGAAACAUGUUUCUCAAAUGCAGUGUUACGAGCCAUUCACAGAUACACCACGUGGGAUUGGUCCUCGUCAACUGCUCCUUCCCGUCAUACACUACUGAAAGCUAUUAGCUCUUAUUGAUGCUCCUAAUCUCCAAUGGUCCCAACAACAGAAGAUGCUGACACUUUAAAGGUUGUAUAAGCACUGUUCCUCUAAAGAGAAACACCCGCAUUGUUUUUCCACGCAAGAAGGCUCUAUAAAA